UUGCGCUAAAUUUUGUUCGCGAACCUAACUAUUUUUAAGUCAAAAUGGCUGAAAAUAUAGUAAUCAUAGUCUUAGCCACCCUAUAAACGCUUAUGUUGUUAGGCCAGUUUUUUUUUAAUAUGUGCAAUUGAUAACUUAAUGUUAAUAAUUUUAAAUGGUCGUUAAUAAUUCGAAAAUUAAUGGAGUAAAGAUGAGGAAAGGGGGUAGAGGGCAGAAUAGAAAUUUGCGAUCUAAUCAAAAAGUACAAAAUUCAAGCUCAAAUUCUAAUUGGAGAGACUUUGGAACAAAAGCAAACACUAACACACCAAGUGAAGCUAACAAUUAUGGCUAUAAAAAUCCGUAUCUUACAGAUGUAUUUUUAUUAAUGGUUGGACUUCCAGUUCAGAUCGAAAAAACAGAUGGACAUGUAUAUGAAGGAAUUCUAGAGACUGUAUCAAAUAAUCUAGAUUUUCACUUAUGUAAUGUUGGUCAAAAACUAAAUAAUAAAGAAAAUGAAACAAGUGGAACGCAAACUGAGAAAAAGCUUAUUUUUCAUUUUCGUGACAUUAGUUACUGCAAAGCUACUGAUGUAGAUAUGGAGUUUGGUAAAAAAGAUACUUUGUUGACAGAUGCUGCAAUUGCUGCAUCUAAUGCAUCUACUCAGCAGCGAGAAUUAGUUCAGUGGAAAGAUGAUAAUCUUCAAAGAUCAGGUGUUACAGGUUUGCUGGAAGAUGAUCCUUGUUUAAAUGGUUCUUGGAAUGUGGAUGAUAUGUAUCGUGAAAAUGAAGAAAAACAUGGUGUGCGAUCAACAUUUGAUAGUAGUUUAAAUAGUUACAUGACACCAAUUGAAAGACGUGAUGAUGAAGCUUUUAAAGAACAAGAACAAAGGGCUGAGAGAAUUGCUCGUGAAAUGCAAAACUGCAAUGAAUAUGAGGCAAUUGACAGUAAUGUUGGGGAAGAAGAAUUGUUUAGUGCUGUGACUCGUGUAAGCAAUGUUUCUAAUGAUGGUUUUACUACUAAUACUCGUCAUUCAAAAAAUACUCGUAAUGGAAAAUCAUCUAAUAUUGUUGGUCCAAGGUUUCAAAAUAAAAGCUUUACUAAACAUCAAGAAUUAAGUCAAGUGUCGAAUUUUAGUAAUCCUAUCAACCACCAUCAAUCAACAAAUAUUCGAACUCAACAAACACUCAGUGGCGAGGGAUUGAUACGCAAUAAUAACUCUGUCAAUCAGGCAAGUAGCCAAGCAGUUAUAAGUUGUCAGCAGCUUACAGAACCUAUUGGGCCAACAUCUGAUUUUUCUCGUGUAUCACAUCAACUAGACAAUUUUUCUAUCGCUCAAUCUGGAAUUCGUACAAUGUCUUACUCUGCUGUUGCCAAAGUUCCUAAAGUGAGCCAGUCAAAUAAACCCCAAAAUCAAUCUUUAGUUCAACAGUCUAAUGUUAUUUCCAUGUCAACAUCAUUUAAUGACACUCCUAUUUUGAAUUCUCCACCUGCAAAUAACUCACCACACCAACUAACUAAUAAUUUAAAUUCAUCACCAGAAGCUUUUUCAACUGCAAAGCAAAAAGUAAACCAAAAUUCAAAAAACUAUGCAUCGAUUGCUUCCAAUGUUGUUGCUCAGCAACAGUCUGUAAAAGAGGCAAAACAUUUAGCUAGUUCUGAAUGCAAUACUAAUAAUGAAUCUAUUUUACCUAAACCUCAAGAGCAGUCUAAAUUUAUUGUUCAGGAGCGAAAAACGUUACUUCCAGAACAAAAAGAGUCUCCUCAAUUAACAGUGGAUCCAUCAAGCACAAAUGUCAAACUUAGUUUAAAUAAAUAUGGAAAAGUUCAUUCGACACAAAAUGCAGAUGAGGAGCAUAAAACAGUAGAUGUCAAUGAAUUAAAAGAGUUUGGACGGGAUUUUAAGUUAACAGAUAAGCCUGCAAAAAAAGUAUCGAAAACACGAAUAUUUCCUACCAACACUCGGGAGACAAAUGAGUGUCUUCAUGGAAAUAAUGCUAAGCCUGUAGUAACAAGUGAAGGUAGCGCACCAAUCAUAACUACUCUAGUGACAAGUAUUUCUUCCACAACUACAGUUAAAACAACAGCCAAUGUUGUGAUGUCUUCAGAAAAUAUUGUUUCGAAAUCCGGAUUUUCUUUCAACCCUACAGCUAAAGAAUUUUGUCCGAAUAAACCUGCUCAAUCCAAACCUACCUCAUAUAAUAUUCAAAUGUCAGCUCAACCCCAAGCACCUGUUUACUUUCAAGCCCAGCAAACUCCUUAUAUGUUCAAUUACGGUGUUUCUCAUGAUGUAAUUCCUUUGCAAAACAAAAAUUACCCAAGACUUGUAUAUAAUGUUCCUACUGUAUAUAGUGUUCCUGCUGCAGAAAUGAACAAUCAAGGAGCAACACAGCUUGCCCAAUCAAAUUAUAUACAUCCUCAACCCAACCAACCUAUAUUUAUUGUUAAUAGUCAAGGGACAUAUCAACAGGUUGUCCCUGGUCCACAAAGUCAGUAUAUUCAAAUGGCUGAGGUAUCGUCACCAGUUAUAAGAUAUGUCAGUCACCAAGGUCAACAAGGAAUGACACACACAAGAAUGCCUACAAACUACCAACCAAAUGAAGCUGUUUCUGGAAACUAUAUGUUUUCAGUAUCCCAGCCUCACCAACAACACCAAUCACCUGUUAAUCAACAUUCAAGUUAUUCUGCUCCUUCAUCAUCAUCUCUUAUGCAGCAUGGAUAUGUUGUCAGUCAGCUCCCCAACUCUAACUACCCUCAGAUUGCUUCACCAGUUACUCAUCCUCAAGUUGCUGCUAAUUAUCGCAAUUCAACUCCGAUUCACCAAGUAACUGCACAACAACCACAUCAUCCGCAGCAACCUUUCAUAGUGUUAGCUCAUCAGCAUAUGGCCGGAGUUCCACUUUCAUCUAACCAUGGUUAUAUUCAAAAUCAACACGGAUCCGUUUUUCAAAAUUGAAGGCCAUACAAUGAAAGAUAUAAAAAACCUGGGUGCGAAUCGACUGCGAUAUUUGUUUUCAAAGAGAUUUUAAAAAAAAUUUAGAAAAAUUAAAUAAUUUAAA